AUGGGUAAGGGAGGUGCCGUUCUUAUCCUGCUUGUCAUCUGCAUGGCAGUUACCUCCGCUCUAAGUGCAGAGCUGAUUGGCGUAUCAAGCCUUUUCGCGUACGACUUAUACAGGACCUACUACCGCCCUAACGCAACUGGCGCAGAUAUCGUCUGUGUCUCCCACUACUUCAUCUGUGUUUGGGCCGUGUGGUGUGGUGCUUGGGCAACUAUCCUGAAUGCCGCGACCAUCAAUCCCGGUUGGCUGUUCUAUGUGCUAGGUCUUGUCCUCAGCCCGAUCGUGUUCCCAAUCGGACUCACUAUUUCCGGCACUAUCAACGUGACCAACCUUGCAGAACCGUACUCUGCCGUCACCGAUGGGCUGACGGGCCUCGUUUUCUUCGGGUUGGUCACGAUAUCCGUGUCUCUUGCGAACCUAGAGCCUGCCCACUACGACUUCGCGGGAACCCGUGCGAUCGCGGUGUAUGACGAGGUAGAGGCGGUGGCGGCCGUCGAAGAUAGCAAAUCUUCGUCCAGUGACGAGAACGAGGGUGCAGUCGUCGCGGAGCCGCCAAAGGGGGCCGCCAGCAGGGCUAAGCUCAUGCGCGUCUUCAAGCGGGCGGCGUGGCACUGCCUCGCGCUGACAGUAAUCGUCGGCAUCAUCGUGCCGCUGCCUAUAUUCCUCACGGAGUACACGUUCAGCGGGAACUUCUACAAGUUCUGGGUCGCCUGCACUAUCGUUUGGGCCGCGACCAGUGGGAUCUUCUGCAUAAUUCUGCCUGUUUGGGAAUCGAGAAUGGAGAUGGGAAUCAUUUUGGAUGGAGCGUUCAGGAUGCUGCUGCGAAAGUCACAGGAACAGUGA